AUGGCGCUGUCCAUAUUUGUCCUCUCGUACUGCGACCGGCGCGACACGCUGGCGAACCUGUGCGAGAAGAUCACGGGCGACGCGGCGCUGUUCUCCAUGUUCCGCGUGGCCGGCGCGCCGGCGCCCUGCCCCUUCGACGGCGGGCCGCCCUUCAGCUUCACGUACAGCCGCGGCGCCGGCGCCGCCGACUGCCGCGUGCCCGAGUCGCGCGCCGAGCCCUGCACCGACGCCUCGCGCCUCCUGCUGCGCUACCAGGCCUGCCCCGACGUGCGCGGCACCGAGAGCGCCGUGGAGGAGCUGGAGUGCCUGGGCUCGUGGCGGGACGGCUCGGUGCGCUACUUCGUGGGCCGGCUGGAGCACCGGCUGGCGCACUCUGACGAGGACCGCUACCGCUGCUUCGUGUACGAGCGCCUCUCCGGGCCCGGCGACGCCGUCUCCUUCAACGUGGCCCAGUCGGGCGACGCCACCUGCUCCGGGCUGCUGUCCGCCAGCGAGGGCUCCCGCACAAUGCGCCUGACCAACACAGGUGGCGACCGGGGCGCGUGGACGAGCCGGUGCGAGUUCCCGGUCUGGGUGACGGAGCAGCCGCAGUGGCUGAGCCUCGACCACGCGCGCUCCUACCGCUUCUCGGCGCGCAACGCAGCUGCGACACCGGCGUCCGCCUCGCCCACGGGGCUGCCCGACCAGCAGCAACUGCAGCAGCCGCCGCACGAGACAUUCUUCGCGGUAGCUCAUAUCACGGCUGGCUGCCGCAGCGGCUACGUGUGUCUGGCGCUGUACAGGAGGGACAGCCACGUCAUCGAGCUUCAGGAGUCUGAGACUUGGUCGACGGCGCCUGAAGAUGCGUGUCAACCUCCCAACUUCAUCAGCCGGCAGCUGCCUUUCUUUACUUUAAUAACGCCGUCGCCGCGCCGCCAGCCGUGCCCGCGCUGGGGAGUGUACGCCGUCGUGCCCAACGGCGGCGCCGGCUCGCCGUGCGGCGCGCUUCCUACUAUGGCUGUUGGCUGCGACCAGCCGGACCUCAUGCAGUUCCUGCCCGCGCCCUGCCCCGAGGUGCGCUCCGACGCCUCUUCCAGUGAGUACCUUCCACGUUCUUCUCUUACUAAACGUCCGAAUGACGCACGGGAUCGAAGGGCCUCGAAGGGUAUCCAGUGA